AAACAAAAGGAGAAAUCAAAGAAACCCAAAACAGUAAAAGCUGCUGCAGUGCAGGAAACCGUUGCCGAGGAAAUCAAGAAGACGGCAAAGAAUUUAUCCGCAUCGGAUCUGGCCAAAAUUGAAAAAAAGAAGGCCAAGAAAGAGGCACAAAAGCUGAAGAAACAGUUGCGAAAACAGGCAACGGAAACGUCAAAGGACGCCAAGGAGCCAAAGAAGACGGCAGAAGAAACUAAAGUCAAAAAAUCAGAUACACCUAAGGAGAAGACUGGUAGCAACAAUAAAAAAGAGGCAACAAAACAAAAGGCGAAACCAAAACGAAAUGCUAAUGAUAAAGCUACUAUGUUUCCUAGAUGGCGAGAAGCGAGAGAGGGGGAUCCUGCAGACGAAGCUGCCACUGUAUUCGUUGGAAAUCUGCCCAUUAAUACGAAACGCGUGCAAAUAACACGUUUGUUCCAAUCAAUUGGCAAGGUGCAAUCAAUUCGUCUGCGCACCGCCGGUGGCAAGCAAUUGUUUAAGCAUAAGCAGCGCAAAGCAGCCGGUUCUUUAAAUGCCUAUGUGGUGCUCGAGAGUCCAGAGAUUGCUGCGAAAGCGCUGUCGUUGAACGGAUCUGAAUUCAAAGAGUGUCAUCUGCGCGUGACGCCGGCAGCUAAAGCCAAGGCAGCAGCAGGUGAUGUUAGCGAUCAAGCUGGAGCUGGAGAUGCCGAUGCCAAGCGCACCGUAUUCGUUGGCAAUCUGAAAUACUCUGCCAAUGAGCCCAAGCUGCGAGAGAUCUUCUCCAGCUGCGGCGAAAUCGACUACAUUCGUUGUCUGCAGGAUGGCGAAAAGGGCUGCAAAGGUGUCGCCUAUGUCUGCUUCCAGAAACCCGAUGCAGUCGGACUUGCUCUCGAGCUGAACGAGACUGUGUUGGAUGAUAGACCCAUUCAUGUGGAACGCUACUCGGUGAAGAAGCUGGGCGCCAAGCAAGCACGUGAUACUGCGGCUGCAAAGUCAGCGGGAUCUCAACCGAAAUCCAAAAAUAAACAGAACUCAGCCGGCGCCAAGAAACGCCUGGAUAAAAAGAAACUGAAGGAAAAUGGUCAAGGCGCUGGCGUAACUAAAGCAGCUAAGAAAUCGGAAUAUCGUGGUGUUAAAGUUGAUGGCAUUAAGAAGAACACGAAGAAACCGAACAAGAAGAAGUCAAACAAUGAGAUGAGCGCUCUCGCUAAGAAAAUUGCGCCAAAGACCAAGACGUAAUUUAGUCAAUAAGCUCAAGACUAUUGAUGUAAAUAAUAUUAGAGCAAAGUUUUAAGUAAUGACUACUUUUAUUUUUGUAUUGCAUUUCAAUAGACCUUUCUGAAAUUUGAGCUCUCAUUUA